ACUAGGGAGCAUCAUUUCCAUCUCUGCAGCCCACCACACACCACCUCACCCCUCUGCUGGCGAGAGGGGGCCUGAGCUCCUCUCAUUCAGUACUCAGUCUACCCAACCGAUUGAGACCCCACUGAAGAGAAACCGAAAUCUCUUUGCUGCUGAAGUACCACAGUGAAUGAGCAAUUCUUCUCAACUGACUCACAAUGUAUGCCUCACCCAGGAGAUGGAACUCCCGAAGGACUCCUCUGGCCAGCGGACAUUCGUAUCUGCCGUCCUCAGCAUGCUAUCACUCAGCCUCUCAACAACAUCCCUGCUCAGCAACUACUGGUUUGUGGGGACACAGAAGGUGCCCAAGCCCCUGUGCGGAAAAAGUCUGGCAACCAAAUGCUUUGACAUGCCACUGUCCUUGGAGGGCGUCCUCCCCAACACAUCAGCCCAGGAGGUGGUACAAUACAGCUGGGAGACUGGGGAUGACCGCUUCUCCUUCCUUACCUUCCGAAGUGGCAUGUGGCUAUCCUGCGAGGAAAUCAUGGAAGAACCAGGGGAGAGGUGCCGAAGCUUCCUUGAACUCACACCACCGGCCGAGAGAGGUGAGAAAGGACUACUGGAAUUAUCCACGUUGCAAGGCCUGUGUCACCCCGCUCUCCGAUUUGGAGGGUUGACGGAGAACUCGUUCCUCUCCUACCUUCCCUUGGGGCUUGUGGCAAAAAUCCUCUGGUUAUCGCUGGGCGCCCAAAUCACCUACAUUGGGCUGCAGUUCAUCAGCUUCCUCUUGCUACUGAUGGACUUGCUGCUGACGGGGAACCCAGGCUGCGGGCUCAAGCUGAGUGCUUUUGCUGCCAUUUCCUCUGUACUGUCAGGCCUCCUGGGGAUGGUGGCCCACAUGAUGUAUUCGCAAGUCUUCCAGGCCACUGUUAACUUGGGUCCGGAAGACUGGAGACCACAUGCCUGGAAUUACGGUUGGGCCUUCUACAUGGCCUGGAUUUCCUUCACCUGCUGCAUGGCGUCAGCUGUCACUACCUUCAAUGCAUACACCAGGAUGGUGCUGGAGUUCAAGAGCAGACACAGUAAGAGCUUCAAAGAAAACCCGAGUUGCCUACCCAACCACCACCGGUGUUUCCUCCAGCAGCUGUCAUGCACAGCCCACCCAGGGGGUCCUUUGAGCAGCUACCACCAGUACCACAAUCAGCCCGUCCAUUCUGUCUCAGAAGGGGUCGACUUCUACUCAACUCUACAAGACAAGGCAUUUCGGCAGGGGCCCAUCCCCGAGCUGAAAGAAGUGGCUGAGUCAUCUGUAAAGGAAGAGCAGUGCUAGGAUUUAAGUGGGUUUGGAGAGCAGGCUGAGCCUUACCUUACAUGGUUACUUGUUAUCAACAUCUGCUUAAGCCAAAGUCUGUCUCUUGAGUGUUUUUUAAAGCUAAGGACAAGGGUAUCUCGAAGUACAAGUCCUAAAGGGGCAUUGCUACCACCCCUUCUCAUUCACAGCUGCCUCAGUGUAUCCGUCCCAUGCCUCCUACAUCCAGAACUAUAUUCUCAUCCUUCACUGACUGCUUAUGUGCCAGGUUCCGGACUAAACAAUGGAGAUAAAAGGAGUGAAAUACACUUCCUACUUCUAGGGGUCUUAGAAAUCUGGUAAUGGGCUGUUCUCUCUGGAAAUUAGAAAAAUGGAGGUAAGCAAAUUAACAAUAGUUGGAUUAGGGCUCAACAGUCCGUGGCGCACUAGAAUCUUUCUGGAAGUCACAGCUUGGAAGAUGGAAGCACCACUGAGUGCUCUGAUGGAAAGAACAGACUCCCCACACUGCCCGCUACAGUGCCCUAUAUCCACGUCACAAGCAACAUUAAAUAUUAUCCCAAAAGCCAUUAGAAGGCUAGCAUAGUACAAAAAGGCUCCCAUAGCCCACAAGGUUAUGUUCACUUCUAGAAAUGGCCUACAAGGCUAUUCAGAUGGAACUUGGUGCUCAGACUCAUACUGGGGUUUUUCCAGUGAACCAGGCCAGGCAGAGGCUCCCCUCUGGAUGCCACCUGCUCUCCCCGCUGAGACGCUUGUCCUCCUUCUCUCCACAAAGAAUCCCAUCCAGACUGACAGCCUUUCUUUUUUUUCCCCUAAGAGGAAGCAAACUAACCCCAAGGAAGAACAAAAAUGACACACCAGUACAUUCUGGUACACAGUAUUUAUUUGUUCUAUAACAGUUCACAUUUUAAAUAGCACUUUCGGACAACAGGCCAGCUGGCGCUCCUUUCAUGUGGGCAAUAAGGACAGCAAUUCACAUUCAUGAGGUUAGUUGGUAAAACCAUGCCACACAUUUGGGGGAUAGCGAGGAUGCUGCCUAUCACAGAGAGGAGCAUUUGCAAGGGAAGGAAAGGCAGAGACUGAGAAGAGAAAUCUCUUGCAUUUCUAAAAGUCGUUAAAAUGCUGCCAAGUAGUGGUCCAGCUGGCUUUGCUGGAAAGCCUGAGAUUGGACUAGGAAAAGAAAGGUGCACUUCCUAUCUUGGGUAUCUGAGCUGGGUGGUUGCCUUCAAGAAGCAGGUUGAAUUUUUAAAAGAUAAAAGUUCAGUUACACAAUUUUCUAGUGUGUCUGAGAUUUAACCUGCAUACACACAGUCUGUCCACACAAAUCCCAUUUGAACAGAUUUUCAAUAAACAACUCUGAAUUUUCUUCCUGUCUUUGCUGGCUGACUUCCCAGAAAGCCUCAACAUGGCAGAGAACAGGUUAUAUCUGGAUGGCUCAGCUAAGCCACAGGACAAUUACUGGUUUGGGGCUUUGGUCCACUAUACGUUAGUCCUGAGAACUAGGCCAGUGGUGGCAAAUCUAAGCCACAGUGCCACAGAAGGCUGUUAUUACUGAAAGCUCCAAAACUGUCCCCAUCACUGUGAUCUAGACCCUGACACCCAAGUAGAUUCGAAUGUCUGGAAAAGAAUCUGAAGUGAAGAUACCUAUACUCAGUAUAUCCUCUUAACUGUUUUACUAAAACCAAGCUGGACCCACGCUCAACUUCCAAA